AUGUAUCCAAAUCAGUUUGGCUUUGGAGAGAGAGAUACACCUGAGCUAGAGGAAGGGAAAUAUGUUGCUGUGGGUGCAGCAAAGGGUGUAAGAAUUGUUGAAGGUCCCCGAGGCUUUGAAGGGGGCAUCAAUGCAGCAUUGGUAAUCGAUGUGAAGAAAGCAGCAUUCCAUGUCGAUAAUCAGUGUUUGCUUGAGAAGGUGGAAUGCAUCCUUCGCAGGAGUAGAGUUAUCUUGAUGCGGGGUAUUGAUCACCUCUCAAUAGCUAUUUUAAGUAAAGCUCUCAAAGGAUUAUUCGUGCGGUGUAAUUAUGGUAAGAACCGUGCAUUCACUAUUGGAGGUGUUUCGAAGGAAAAUGCGCGUACAUCGAAGUUGGUGAGUAGAACUGGUGAAAUGUCAGUUGAGAAGUACUUUGAGAUGAAGUAUUCUGUGAAACUGAAGUAUCCAACGUUACCAUUGAUUAUGGAACGUUGUCAAACGAAAAGCAACUUCUAUCCGAUGGAAGUACUAAUUGUAUGUGAAAAUCAGCGGGUAUCCAAGGGACAACAGACACCAUCUCAAGUGCAGACGAUGAUUCGAGCGUGUGCUACAGUUCCAUCUCUUCGAUUGCAGCAGACGAAUACAUUGAGUCAAGCGAUGAAGCUUAAUAGUUCU